UAUUUGAGAACCACGUUUACCGAAGGAAGGAAGAUUUCUUCUGAACAUUCUUCACCAGAUUUCGCCGCAGCUGUCUUCAAGAUGCAGAAGGCCAUACGGUUCAGUGAAGGGCAGCUCCUCUCCCUGUCUGCCUGUGCCCGGGCGGACGCCACCCUGGCAGGCUACCUGUACAAGCGCAGCUCGGACACGGGCAAGUGGCAGCAGCGCUGGUUCGCGUUGUAUCAGAACUUCCUCUUCUACUUCGAGAACGACACGGCCAUGCGGCCCUCCGGCCUGGCGCUGAUCGAGGGAUGCCAGUGCGAGCGGGUCAUCAGCACCAAGGGCAGGGACAGCGAGAAACAGCUCAUGAGGACCGAGGAGAGGCUAUCAAAGGCCCGGACUCGCCGUCUGGUGCUGCGGGGCCGAUACGAUUGGGUGUCCUCUGAAGGCCUGGGGACGAUAGGGACUGUGAAGGCCACGGCAAGGGGACUGUUUUCUUUCUGUGCCUUGGUCGACACCUCAGCUUAG